AUGGCAGUGGCUUAUAUUCCACUCAAACUCUUCCCCGGACUCCCCAAAGGUCAGUCCAAAAUGCUCCUCCCCGACCUCCCCACUGAAUUGCUUUUCGAAAUAUGCUCCUCACCCGUGCUGGACAUACCGGAUAUAGUCUCCGCCCUGAAAACAUGCCGCCGACUGGCACUCGCCCUGGCGCCGAUUCUUAUUAGAGAGGUAUUGAAGCGGCGCAGCAACGAAUACUGCAGGAGAGCCCUCUAUCAUGCCGCGGAAAUCCCGAGCCACUUUACCGUCAGGUUUCUGCUGGAUAAUGGAGCCCUGGAUAUCCUCUUCAUUGGCCCCGUACUUCUCAACAUUGCAGCGUGCAUCCUGAGCGAAAAGGGGGUGACGACCCUGUUGGAUUGCGGCGUCGACCCGAACACCCUCGAUGGGCGAGGCCGCACUCCUCUCAUGUGUGCAACGGGGGCCAGGGUCGGGGGUGGCGUGAGAGCACUAUUGGCCAACGCUAGGGUGGACGUGGGGAGUACUUGGCUUUUCCCCGAUUUCACAGCCUUGCAUCUAGCUGUCUGGUCCGGGUACGAUGACAUUGUGCCAUUGUUUUUGGAAAGCCCUAGGAUAGAUGUGAACAGGGUGGACAACAUUCAAGGGACGGUAUUAGAGGCCAUUUCAUCUGACUCUAAUACUCGGGUGAUGGCAACUUUCGUCGGCUCCACAAUACUCAGCUUGAGGAUUCCUUUGAGAAGGGGGUGGGCGCCUCUACAUGGCGCAGUCCUCUGGAAUGACUGCAUAAUUCUUAGGGCUUUACUUAGGGAUGAAAGAACUGACGUUAACGUUCUGUCCUUGGAGGGGGAGACGGCAUUGUGUAUGAGUGUUAGAUUUAAUAACACGUUCGCAGUACGAUUGCUGCUGGCCCACCCCAAAAUCCAAAUUCAUCUAGGAGUUCGAUCGAUCCUGCAUUUCGCCGUUCCGUGGGCAACGAAAGCUGUGAUGGAGAUCCUACUGGAGGACAAAAGGAUAGAUGUUAAUUUGGUUGACCAAGGUCAAAGAACUGCAUUACAUCUCGCCGCGGCUCUCGGGAGGGCAGAUGUUGUCGAAUCGUUGCUAGAUCGCGACGGUAUCGAUGCCGAAAUCCUUGAUGAGGAGGGACGCUCGGCAAUGGGUUUGUUGCUUUCUAGAGCUCCAAAGCUUGCAAGAUGGUUUACCAUCAAGUUGAUUCUAGAGAAUAAGGGGAUAGAAUACCUUGAUCUUGAAUUGGGACUUUGA